UAAACGACAUGGGGAAAUAUAGAAAGAGAUUUAACGAGAAAGCCCGUGCUGGGAUGCUCGCUAAGCAGGCCACUCUUAAGAGGGCUAGAAACAAGCAAUUCCAUAGACACGAAGAAGACCAAAAUGAAGAAGUCGAUACAGCCAAAAUAUUCAAUGAGCCUAAUUCCAACUCAGAAAUACUAAAGCCAAUGUCCGAGGAGGAAAAGCAAGAGCGUAAAAGAAAACUUGAGGAAACACUCUACUCGGAAAAUGCCAAAGAAACCAAAAUGUCGAAAGCCAAGAAGAAGAGAUUGGACAAAUAUAUCGAGCAUCAAUUGAAAAGAGAGGAAAAGAAAACCUUACUUGAAAAGUUGUCCAAAACUAAGGUUGAUACCUCUCAACUCACUGCAUCGAAACUCUUAGGUAAAGGAAAGCAAACCAGAAAAGAAGAAAUGGUGGAAGCCUUAGAGCUUGAAAGACAAGGUAGAGGUGAUGAAAGAACCAGGGACAUCUUAUAUGAGGAGAGAGAGGUUAAAGAAUGGCCAGAGGAUAUGGAAAUAACUCCAAAGUUUCCUAGUAGCGAGGAAGACCUGUCGGACGAAGAGGCAGAAGAAAAAUUUCCAGAUACCACAUCAAGUUCGGGAUUUAUAGAUAAUAGACCUGCCAAGUUUGGUGGAAGUGGACUUGGGUUUGGAUUUGCCAAUUUGCCAAAGAUAGGAAAAUCAACCGGUACGAAGAAGUAUACCUGGAGAUUGAAAGUGGAGAAAGAAGAGAACAAAAGAUUGAAGAUUGAAGAUGAUAACGAUUUCUUGUCCACCGAUGAGGAGGAACAAGGCCAAGAUGACGAUGUCAACGAGAGCGAUAACGAAGAUCAAGGUUCAGACGAAGAGGAUUCCGAGACUCCUGAGUCGGAAGAAAUAGAUAGCGAUACAAACGAUGGCACGACCAAGGCUUCAACCGCCAGUGACGAGGAGGUCUCAGAAGAUGGUUCAGAUGGAUCAGAGGAAGAUUCUGACGAAGAUUCUGAGGAAGAGUCGGAUGAAGAACUUGAUGAAGAAUCAGAGGAAGAAGAGGAAAUGUCGCGUUUGAUGCAAAACAAGCCAAAGCAUUCGAAGGUUGCAGAGUCAUUUAAGCAAUGGGCUGAGCAACAAGUUCGUAGUCUUGAGGGACGUGAUCAGGAGACUGUUAUGCCUACCUUAAGUAAGGAAACCAAAGAAAAAUACUCCAAACCAAGCAUUCAUGAAGAAGACGUCGAUCAUUCAUCUGAUGAGGAGGGUUACAUCCCAAUUAAUAAAGACUUACAAAGAGAAGCCUUCUUUGUUGAAGUUAACCGUUCUGCUGAGAUUCAAAAUGUGAGAAUCCAAUUGCCUGUUUACGGUGAGGAACAUAAGAUUAUGGAAGCCAUCAACCAUCAUGAUUGUGUGGUGAUCUGUGGUGAGACAGGUUCCGGUAAAACCACCCAGGUACCUCAAUUUUUAUACGAAGCAGGAUUUGGUAAUCUCAAACAUGAUUUAUACCCUGGAAUGAUUGGUGUUACGCAGCCAAGAAGAGUUGCUGCCGUAUCUAUGGCAGAGAGAGUGGGUAACGAAUUGGGUGACCACGGUAAGAGAGUUGGUUAUCAAAUCAGGUUUGAUACCACCAUAAAAAAUGAAGGUCAAGAGAAUGGUACUGCAUUGAAAUUUAUGACUGAUGGUGUUCUCUUGAGAGAAAUGAUGACUGACUUCUUACUUGCGAAAUACUCUUCAAUUAUCAUUGAUGAGGCUCACGAAAGAAAUAUUAACACCGACAUUUUAAUUGGUAUGUUGAGUAGAGUGGUGAAAUUGAGAAGGAAGUAUCAUCUGGAAAAUCCUGAAAAGUACAAGCCUUUGAAAUUAAUCAUUAUGUCUGCUACUUUGAGGGUAUCCGACUUCUCCGAGAACAAACAAUUAUUCAAAACACCUCCUCCUAUCAUCAAGGUGGAUGCUAGACAGUAUCCAGUCAGUGUUCACUUUAACCGUAAGACAAAUUUUGAUUACGUGGAAGAGGCUUUUAAAAAGGCUUCCAAGAUCCAUAAGAGAUUACCUCCAGGGGGUAUUUUGAUCUUCUUGACAGGUCAAAAUGAAAUCACCACAACUGUCAAAAAGUUGCGCAAAGAGUUUCCAUUCCCUAACAAGAAAAAGCAACAGCCAAUUUAUGAGGAGUCUGAAGAUGUUGUUGUCAGACUCAACAAAAAUGCCGAUGCAGAAGCAGAAGAAGUUGAACUUGGUGUUAACCAACAGGAAUUGGAAGGUAUGGAUGAUUAUGACUCGGAGUCUGAUUCUGAUGAAGAAGGGUUUGAGGAAACGUUAGAGGCACACCAAACUGACAAGGAUCCACUUUUCGUGUUGCCACUUUACUCCUUGUUACCAACGAAGGAGCAAAUGAAAGUCUUUCAAAAUCCGCCACCCGGCAGUCGAAUUUGUAUUGUGGCUACUAAUGUGGCAGAAACUUCUUUAACAAUUCCAGGAAUCAGAUAUGUUGUUGAUUGUGGUCGUUCUAAAGAGAGGAAGUUCAAUGAAGAAUCGGGUGUACAAUCAUUUGAAAUUGAUUGGAUUUCUAAGGCUUCGUCCGAUCAAAGAGCAGGUAGAGCAGGUAGAACUGGGCCAGGCCAUUGUUACCGGUUGUAUUCUUCUGCAAUCUACGAAGAAUACUUCCCCCAAUUUAGUCGUCCAGAAAUUUUGAGGAUGCCAUUCGAGAGUGUGGUUUUGUCUAUGAAGAGUAUGGGAAUUGAUCAAGUAGCCAAUUUCCCGUUCCCAACUCCUCCAGACAGACUUGCUCUUGUUAAGGCAGAGAAGUUGUUGACCAUCUUAGGUGCAUUGGAUUACGAGAAGAAGCAGAUUACUGAGUUGGGUAAAACAAUGUCAUUAUUCCCAUUGAGUCCCCGUUUCUCCAAAAUAUUAAUCAUUGGUAAUCAACAUGGUUGCCUUCCAUAUAUCAUUGCUAUUGUUUCUGCAUUAUCCGUUGGUGACCCGUUCAUUGGAGAGAAUGAAAUAGGGAUCAACACACCUAGAAAGAAACUGGAGUCAGACGAAGAAAGCGAAGAGGAAGAUGAUAUGGAUGUUGAAGUCAAGAAGAAGUUAAGAUCGAGCUACAAUCAUUCGCAAGCAGUUUUCUCAAGAUUAGACAAAUCAAGUGAUGCGUUGAAGUUACUUUCUGCUGUUUGUGCAUUUGAUCAUGUUUCCUCCAAAGACAGGAGCCAGUUUUUGAAAUCGCACUUCUUGAGGGCCAAGGUGAUGGAGGAGAUUGUCAAAUUGAGAAAACAAGUUGAUUAUAUUGUGAAGAGUAACACCAAUCCAGAUUCAAUUGCUCUUUCCCACGAGGAGCAGGCUAAGCUUGGUGUUCCUACAAAGCAACAAAUUUCAGCCAUUAAGCAAAUGAUUGCUUCAGGGUUCAUUGAUCAGAUAGCUAUCAGAACGGAUUUGGUUUCGAAGGAUGUUGAAAUUCCUAAGAAAACCACCAUUAUUAACAUUCCUUAUACUCCAUUUGACCCACUCACUGACUUCAGGGCCGGCGAAGUGGCUUACAUUCAUCCAGNAUCAGUUAUCAACCAGUCUGGGGCCAUUCCAGCUUCUUACUUGGUGUAUCAAUCAUUGAGCGUUGGUGCCAACAAAAGAGAAGGACAGGAGCAAAAAGUUAGAUUGAAGCCGUUGGUUGAUAUCACCGGCGCACAGUUGACAAGCAUAGCCAAAAAUUCCCCUUUGAUUACCUAUUCGAAGCCAUUGAGCCAUCCCUAUGCACCAAAGAAUAUCACCUCCACCAAGAGAGAGUGUUAUGUGGUCCCCAGAUUUGCAGCUGCGGUUGGUUCUGGUGGUAUAGGUUGGGAUCUUCCUGCAAUCAAGGUUAUUCAGGUCAAAAAGGAAGGAUCUUGGGUUAUUGUAUAGUAGCAAAUUCCACAAAGGUAGUUAUAGAGCAACGGACCAAAUAAAAGUAAAAAACUACAUUCUUAAACUUGCAGUACUCCAAUAUAGCUUUGAAAGUAG